UGUCUGCCAUGAUAUCGCGAUAUCGACUGAUGACCGGGUUGAACUCUAAAAUUGCAUGCACGUGUUAUACAUACAGUACAUGCACCCCAAGUACGUGCUUGUACUAUGCGCUCAGCGCAUACCAACCUCAGAUGCAAGCGUGACUUAUCAAACUCUUCACGUGUAAGUGCACCGACGGACAUAUGUUUUACGGAAGCUUGAAUUUGCCGCGCUGUCCGUGACGUUGCGUGACAUCGAGUGAAUCAUCAACCCAGCGGCCCCUGACCCAGCUUCUGUACGGUGUAACGCGGCGUGAGCACGGCGGCCAUGAGCCAGACCAACUCGCACAACACAUCCAGCUCGCUGAGUUCCGCGGGAACCGUCUCCAGCAUGGAAACCCUACCGACUCAAGACGUUGUGGACGGGGACUUUGACUACCACGACGAGGUCGAGGAAAAUCCGGAGAUCGUGUGGGGCCGGCUUUUGCCCGUUGGGAAGACUUUUUCGGCUGUGGACUUGAAGGAGACGCGAGAUCAGCCUAAAGAUGAGUACAUCUUUGGACGAGACUCGUCCUGCGACGUUGCCUACAGCACCCAACAGAUGGUCAACAAUCCAUGCUUCCAAGCCAUCAGCAAGAGACACUUCAGGAUAUACAAGGAGAAGAAGAACAGCAGUGUCUUUGUUUUCAUCGAAGACUACAGCUCCAACGGCACUUUCCUGAAUGGGGAAAAAAUCGGGAAAGGGAGGAAAUCGCCGCUUAAAAACAAUGAUGAGAUUGCCUUGUCACUUCCCAAAAAUAAAGCCUAUGUGUUCAUGGACAGCAGCAGUGACACCGAACAAGAAGACUUGCCAGAAAUUAUGAGGGAGAAAUACAUCAUGUCCAAAGUACUAGGAAGGGGAGCGUGCGGUUUAGUAAGGCUAGCUUUCAAGAAGGGUAGCUGCGAAAAGUUUGCCAUCAAAAUCAUUGAGAAGAAAACAUUCUCCAUUGGAGGGUCUAUGCUAAGCAAUAUGGAGAAAACGGUCAUGGAGGAAGUCAACAUUUUGAAAGCAUUAAAUCAUCCGUGUAUCAUAGCCAUUGAAGACGUCUGCCACACAGACGAUAAACUGUACAUCAUUCUAGAAUUAGUCGAGGGCGGUGAGCUGUUUGACAGGGUCAUCUCGGUCAAAAAGUUUGACGAGUUGACGGCGAAAGUCCUCUUCUAUCAGAUGCUGCUAGCGACGAAGUAUCUCCAUGACAACGGCAUCACUCACAGAGACUUAAAACCAGAGAACAUCCUCCUCAACAACGAUGAAAGCCACACGCUGAUCAAAGUGACCGACUUCGGCCUAUCCAAGUUCCUGGGCGAGAAAUCCCUGAUGCAGACGCUGUGCGGCACCCCCACCUAUCUUGCCCCAGAAGUUUUGACCAAAGCCGGCAAGACUGGCUACGGAAAAAGCGUCGACUGCUGGAGUCUGGGAGUUAUUCUAUUUAUUUGCCUUGGUGGCUAUCCACCAUUUACUGAAGAGGUCACCGCUAUGCCACUAGACGACCAGAUCAAGAGAGGGUACUACAGUUUCCCCGCAAAAUUCUGGAAAGGAGUUUCGGACGAAGCUAUGGACCUCAUUAAGAAGCUUCUAACAGUCGACGCACAUCGCAGAUUCACCGUGCACAGCGCGCUGGAUCAUCCCUGGCUCAAGGACCAGAAGAUGAAAGAGAUAGUGGAAAAUCUCAUGUACCCGCCUUCCAAGAAGAUGCCCCCGCCCCAAAUAAAGAUAAUGUCAAAGAAGAGGCCUCGCGACAAAAACAGUGACGAUAUCAACGGAGAGAACUCCAGCGGAAGCAACGAUUCCUCAAAGAUUUGUCGGUUGUCGGACAGCAGCGACGACACCACAAGAAGCAUCUCUGAUGUGUCCCUAAAUUAAACUCUGCGGCAAAUUCUCAGCAUACAAAAUCAACUCUAUCAUAAUUUUUUUUUAAAUAAACAUUUGUUCUGUACAGAAGACCCUUUUGAAUGUGAAUUUCAAUAUAAGGUUUGCCAGUCACGUACAUAAUUUCAUACCCAAGAUAUUCUCAUCAAGUUUGUGAGAAAACAAAUUCACAGUCUUAGUGGAUUGGGACUGAAUUGGCAGCUGAAAGAUCUCUACACGCAGAAAUCUACCGAAGCAGCUCUGAGAAACGUUAUCUUCCAGUAAACUUGAAUUCUUGAUCCCUAUUGGUCAAUCCAUGGCAACAAUGGGGUGGUAAUAUCUUGUGUUUCACAAUUUGUACUGCACAGCAUGGAUCACAAGAAACUCUUAAGCCGCUUUCGCAUUGGAUUUAGUGACUGCGAGUGACUAACAUUCCAUUGUGGUUAUUCUAACGUGCGUUCCCCAUUGGUUUAAUUUUGGCGUGUGGAGAGUAAUUUGCUACUUAAAACUAACAAUGCAAUUCUUCCGUGACCAAGUUGGCCCUGUAAAACUUGCAGUUGCGGAGCGUAAAACUUAAAAACAACAGUAGACAAUCAACAAUUUAGGAAGUUUACCUACUGCCGUACUGGACUUAAUUUGGUUUUAUAAGCCGACAACAGUCUCUGUUAGUUUUCACCCAAAAAAGUCCAAUGCCAAUACGGUAUACGACUUGCAAGUUUUCCUGCUGCACACCUGUUAUAGGAUAUUACAGCGUUGCAUUGUUUCUGUGCGACAAGUUUGCAUGAAGAUAAAUUAGGUGUGAAGAUAAAUUUGUUAUCAUUCUUGCACUUGUGCAGCAUGAAAAACGUAGUACGUCUGUGUCCAAUAUAUACCACUCAGCCUUCGGCACAGAUGCACUACAUUAUUUCAUGUUCUGUUUGAGAAAGAACUAAUGAUUUCCUCGAGAUAUGUGAAAAGUAGAGGUCUACAUUUUGUGUAUAUGUAAAUUAUUUUUGUAGGGUUUAGAACUUGAAAAGAAUCUUUGGAAAUAAUAGUCAUUUUCUUAAGGCC